CUCUGCAAUUACAAUUAGUAACUUGUCUUCCCUUCUAUCUAUAUAUAUAUACGCACAUACUUUGAGUGGUGGUCACCAAUUUGGCAUAGGCAUGUCUAUCCGAUUCAAAUUUAGAAGGUCCGUGAACUUCGACUCGGUUGACAUCGAAGGUCGUUCUUCGAUAUCCGUUGGCGACCUCAGGUCUAAGAUCGUCCUCCACAAGCACCUCAACAUUUGCCAAGACUUUGAUCUCGUCUUCUCCGAUGCCCUCACCGGCCAUGAGUUCCAUGACGAGAAUUUUCAAUCAUUAAGAGAGUUCCUGCAGGAUCUGUGCCUUCUGCUAUGGCACCCAUCAAUUCAAUUGAGAACUUGGGGGCGAAAGACACCAACCCCGUUAAUCCCAUUGGAUAUUUUCCCUUGAAUUCAGAAAUGGACAACUUUGAUGACUUUGGAGUUGACUUGUGUCCCAUUCCUGAGGCAGCCUUAUCUGACUCUGAUCUUGAAUUUGAUAAGAACUACUGUAUUAGCAAUGAGAAGCCAAAAAAUGCCCUCCCCAGCAGGGUAGGUUGUCAAAUGUUUGAAGCAAGUGACCUUAGUGAGGCUAUUCCUAGAGGUCCUAAUCAUAAUGUCACAGAAAGAAAUACUUCACAGACAAAAGUGGAACUGAAUGGCGAAGAACCCAUGAAACUGGAAAAGAUGGUUGCCAAUUGUCUAGCCGUGCAAAAUGCUGAUUUUCCAUCAGAACUGAAAUGCUCUCUCUGCAACACAUUUUUCAAGGAGGCUGUAAUGAUACCAUGCUGUCAGCAUAGUUUUUGUGAAAAAUGUAUCCGUGCAGUCCUACAGGAGAAGGCAAAGUGUCCCAAAUGUUAUUCUAGCAAAUGUAAGGUUGAAGAUUUGCUAUCAAAUUUAUCUCUUAGGCAAGCAAUAGAGCAUUUCCUCGAGUCUCAAAUCCUUAUGAGUGAUGCAGACAAUGCUUUGCAUAAAUAUGCCCCAGAUGGUGAAUCUGGAAUUCAAGCAAAAGAUUUUUCUUGUGCUGUGACUAUCCUUCAAAGGGAGCCAAACAUGCCACUUUCUCCCUCUGCAACAGAAAAAGGCUCCAAUCAAAUUAUGACAGAAUCUGUUUAUGAGUCGUGAAU